AUGGCCUCUCGCGAAGGCGACGUGCCCAAUAAGUACGAAACAGUGCUGGAGGAUCUGGGCGACAACGUCCACAAGUUUGAAACAGAUCCGCUGGGAUGGAUUCUGGAUUAUGCGUUUACUUUACCACCGACUCUUAACCCGUAUCGGGCAUCAACGCAUCAUCCGUCGGACGAUAACAGCACAAAUGAAGGUCCUACUUUCUACCUGGCUUUCGCGGAAUCUACAAGGCAAAGAGACUCCGCAUGGACGGAUAUUCAGGUGCUUGGACAAGCCAGUCCUGCGAGCAGUCUGGGAGAGAAAUCUCAGGUGCUUGACGGUCGUAGGCAACUCUCCUUGCAUGCUUGGAGGGUAUUCCACAACCAGACCACGCGAUGUUCCAUCCAUGGAUUUCAUAUUUACGGACGGCACGUUGAGCUGUGGGUUUUUGAUCGGAGUGGUGCUUACACGAACAAAUCUUUCGACAUCGACUCAGAUGCUGACCGAGUUCUACGUGUCAUUGCCGGCUACGCUUUAAUGAACAAGUCUGAGCUGGGAAUCAACCCCUGCAUUCACACUGACGGCUUGGGCGGUUUCGUCCAAAUACGUAAAGCGAGCGAUGGCGAAUUCGCACGACUCUUCCUCGAAGAUCUCCCAAUCAGGAAGUUUCCUAGCAUAGUUUACAGUGGUCCCACAUGCUAUCGAGCGCGGAGAUCGCAGUCCGAGGACUUCACAUUCGUAGUCAAGUUCGCAUGGCGCAGAGUGGAUCAGACAGCAGAAGAGGAUAUCACAGGCUUAGUCCAAAAGAGGAAUGUUUGGGGUGUUGUGCGUCUGUUCGGCCAUCUCUCCGUUACUUCCAUUGAUGAGCUACGCCACGGGUUAGACUUCAGCCACUGCAGAGUACUGUCCCUUGGAGAACAUAUUUCAAUCGAUCGUCAGACAACGCUCAGCGUGGCCAAUCCAAGUGAUAAGUACGUGAAUUCAGUCAAUGCUAACUUCUGUUGCGUAGCUAUCAGUCCGGUUGGGCGGCCAAUGCAAGAGUACACGUCGUCCUCGGAAAUCCUGGAGGCUUUUCGUGACAUUGCGAAAGGCCAUCAUUCGCUCUAUUUCGAUGGCCAAAUACUGCAUCGCGAUGUAUCGAAGGACAAUAUCAUGAUAAGCAUUUCGCCGCACGGCCAUGGUCCAAGAGGCUUCUUGAUCGAUCUCGACGUCGCCCAGCGCUUGGACAAAGACGAGCCAAAAGAAGGAUCGCGAUUCGGAACAAGACCUUUCAUGGCAAUCGGGGUCCUACUUGCUCAGAAACAUACGUACAAACCCGAUCUCGAAAGCUUGUUCUACUGUUUUCUAUGGACCGCAAUAUGCGGCAAGGGAAAUCAAUGGCCACCAACAGAUUCCAAACUCUGGGCGUGGUUUCGAGGAAGCUUCAAGGAAUGCGCGCUUCGGAAAAGUAGAGACAUGGACGUUGCUGGGUUCGAAGGCGUUCUCGAGGAGUUUUCGGAAGAUUUUGUUCCUCACAAAGGCCUGGCUCGGGCUUUGUGGAAACUCUUCUUUCCCCAUCAAGGCGAUCUCCUGGUUGCGAGCCGCGCGGAAGUCUCUAGUGAUCCUUUUGUUCUGUAUCGAGCUGUGGCUGAAGCCUUCGAUCAGGCAUUGUUGUAG